UGGUAUAGGAAUCGGUUGCAAUGUUAUGUAGCCUUUUUUUUGGUAGUUUCUGUUAUUCCCGUGCCAGCGGAAAGUAUCGCUAGUUGUAACAUAUUAGAUCAUACUGGAGACUUUUGACAAUUAUAUUUUUACAUAUUAACGUAAAUAAGUAGCUUUUAACAGAAAUAUUAAUAAUUUUUAUUUUUAAAUUCAAAACUAUGUUUUACUUAAGUUAUAAGUAAUCUUGUAAUUAUAUAUUUGACACAUGUAGUCAUAGUAGUGUGUUUGUUUGUGUUUGUAAGUUGGAAUAACGUGCAUCUACGAACAAACAAUUAUUUUUCAUUUGGAAUAUUUAAUUUACACAGUUGGAGAUAUACCUACUGAUAAAACAUGAAACUAAAGCCAGACUUUGCACUGCAGUGGCAUGCAGGUUGAGGACAUGCGUUGUGAUUGUGCCGUUUGGUUUGGUUAGGCAUGUUUUUGUGCUCUGGCAGAGCAGUGAAUUGUAAAGCCGUAAUAUCCUAUGAAAAGAGCCGCGACCCUAGCUCAAGGGGAAUGAUCCAAUAGUUCCAUUCGUAUUCAUUUCUUUGCUCUUGUUGAUAGACGAUACCUACGGACAAGAAAUGAAAAAUUCCAUUGACCUUUAUGAAAAGAAAUUACAUUUAAUGCUGGGAAAAAUUGUAUCCUAUGUUGCAUAUGUAAAAUUUAAUUCUUGAGGAAAGUACUAUGAAAACACAAACAUUUAUAAAAAUGUUUACAGAUUUCCAAUUUCAUAGUAACUACAAAAAUGAUAACUUUUAUGUACAAGUUCUUGGCAAUUGUUGCGGGAGUAAUUUGGUAGACAUUAAUUUAGCAGCUUCUGCGAAACAAUCAAUGUACAUAUUUAUCAAGAUCUUUGAGAAUAUAACUUUUUGUCACAUGUGGAUUUUUAUUGGUGACUUUUGUUUUUAAUGAUACUUUCCACAUGUGCCUAUGUGCAGGGCAGAAAUUUAGGAUAGGUUUGCGAGAUACAUAUGGGUAAAACAUAUACCGUUAUUUUCACACUCGAUUAUAAUUGUGCAAAAUUUGUAUGUAACGGGACAAUUGAGAGUUAUUUAAAAUUUCGGAAAAGGUAUACCUUUUUACAGAUAAAUGUGCAUAGUCUAUAUUAGCCUGCCACUAUAGUUCAGCCCCAUGAUAUUUUGACACAUUUAUUGUAAUAUUUAGCAUGGAAAAUGGAUUGUGUUUUGCGGAAACAAUGGAAUAGUCCGUAUUCAAUUUAAUGUUAAGUAGGUAAAGAAAAAUUCCCAGUAUAACUUUUGUUUUGUUAAUAUUUAAGAAACUGUUCGACACUGCCAACCACAGAAACAAAUGUAAUAUAUUUGAAAUUUAAAUUGUAGUUCAUGUACAACCCAGCCCUCACUAACAUGGAGGAUUUAUUAUGACAGGUUCUAAGUAGGGGCCCAAUUAUGUGAAGAUUGGUUUUUUUCUAUGCUUAUUUUUUCGUAUAACAUACCUCCAAGUAGGUCACGUGAAACUAAACUUAUUUUUUCAAAAAUCUCAAUUGGUUACUAAAGUUUAAUUGAAGUCACUUGUCAUUUCUUGUACGUUUUUGUAGGUUAUGACAUUGAUCAACAUUUAUUAUAACUUGACAUUGGUGUUAAUAUAUUUCUUAAAAUAAAUUUUUUUUUUGUGGUUACGUAGUUUGUGUUAUGAAGAGGGGUAAAGAUGACGCUGGUUAUUUGGUUGCUAUUCUGGAAUCAUAUCCUUAAUUGUUACCAUCCUGUUUCUGAGAUUGUAUAUUCAACAUGUUUCCCUACACAUGUAUUGAUUAUGUGUAAUAUCGGUUGCUUAAAUUUGUCAAGUUUAUAUGUUCACAUGUUAACUUUUAUAAGCCACUUUUGUAAAAUAUAUUCUUUCAUUUAACACAUUAUUCAUUUGUGAGAGCUUAUGGUUUUUUUUGCUUGCAUUUUCAUGUUUUAAUAGAACUUGUUAAAUGAGUGUAUAUACUACAGAGACUUAUGAAGAUGUUAUUUAUUUCAGUGCCUUGCUGCCUGACUAAAAAUAUUUGUGUUUUGUCUUAUCAGAGUGAUAAAAGUCGUUUCUGAACUGUAGUUGCAUUGGUGACCAUGGUGCUUCACAAAUAUAGCUGUCAGAAAUUCUUACAUUGUUGAUGUGUCACAUUGCAAAUAAACUUUCUCUACACUUGCAUUAAAACUUUUUGAUUAAUCUAAUUUCCUUUUUUUAUCAUCCUGUAGUGUAACCUGACAAGCAGAAUAUUUUGCUCCACUAAUUUGUUAAAAACUUCUGUUAAUUAAUAUUUAAAAUAAUAGCACAUAUAGGUUUUUCUGCUAAAACAAGAUAAUAUAACUCAUAAAAAUACUAAUUAAUUAAAUAGUGUACAUACCAAUUCAAUUAGAAUGCUAACUCAUAUUCCCAGAUGAGAACAUAUUUUUUUAGUAUAUGGUAUACCCUUUUGAUGUUUGUAAACAUGUUUUUAUAUUCAUUAGGGAAACUUUUUAACAGAGGUGUUAUUUUCUCCCCAAACCUUUCCCCUUAAAAUUAGCAUUUGUAAGUAAAUUAAAGUUGUAAAUCUGGGAUAAAAAGUUGUGUAUGUACUUUUGUAUGAGAGUUUCUAGAAUAUUUAAUAAUAAUUUCGUUUACUAUGUUAUGGCAUGUAAUUUACAUUUUAAGCAAAAUUCUCGUGAUAUCCACAAGUUUUUACAAAAGGAAUAUAUCAAUAUCCUAUGUCAAAUCUAUUGCAACUUGAAACAAUGUCACGAUGCGUCGUAAUAAUUUUAAUAUACGGAGGCGGCAGCAAUUAAUUAUGUAACAUGUUAGAACCCACAUGUAUAUCACGUCAUAAGAUUAGCAGCAAAUAAGUAUUACAUCCAAAGCUGAUCCAAACUCCAUUAUGCUUUGACAAGAAAAAACAUUUUCAUGGUUACGUUACCGCUACCAAACAUAAACAAACAAAAAAAAACAUGAAUGUGUGCGUGCGUGACAGCUUCCCACUGCGCAUGCGCAAGUUGUUAGUUCUUAUUUUGUCCGUGCCAGCGUCAACUUCGCUGCAAACGCUCCAUAGCAGCCAUGAUAGCAGUCUGCUUAUCGUGACACGCGUUUAACAUGGGAGUUUCCACUCUUUCAGAAUGAUUGUAUGCUCGUUGGUGGAUAUUGUGGUCAGGAACCUGUAGUAGACGCCAGUGUCCGGCGGGACCGCCCAGAGGCGCUGCGUACAGAUGGCCGUGCCUGUGGUUGCUUCUCCUCGCCCGUGGCCGGCGGGACCGCCCACACAGGGUCUCCACAGCUGGGGCGGCUGGUGGGCCGGCGCCCGCUGGUCGCGAUGGCCGCCUCGGUGCUGCUGCUGGCGGGCGCCAGCUCCGGCCUGCUGCAGUGGCGCGAGCAGGCGGACCUGGCGCAGCUGUUCCUGCCGCUCGCCUCGCCCGUGCGCGAGCACGCCGCCUGGGUGGAGGGCCGCUUCCGCGACGACGUGCUCUUCGCCAGCGUCAUCGUCGAGGCGGACGACGUGCUGGCCCGUCCCGUGCUCGCCGCCAUACUGGACAUUGAGAUGGCUGUGAGAAGUGUCAACGUCUCUGGACAUGCAUGGCCAGACGUGUGUGCGGAAUACCUGUCGUGGUUCAAGGAUAAAGUACCGGAAGAGUUUGAGGAGGAAUUCUUGGAGGCCAAGAAAAACGGAGUUUACCAGGAUGGAUGCGUUUAUCAAUCAAUGCUUAAGAUAUGGACAAAAAAUGGAUAUUCUGAGGACAUCCUGCCAUUCAGCCAAGAAAAAAUUUUAGACGAUGUUACAAAAGCAAUUAAUUACAAAAAGCACAAAAAUGUUCUGGACGAAAUAAAGCCGCUGUUGUCGCAGAUCUCCUACGACGCUAACUUGAGAGUGACGGGGGCGAAGGCAACGAUACUGAACUGGAUGCUGAAAAGGACAGUUCCCGAAACACCUAACUGGGAGUUGGAGUUCGUGCACGCUACCAUGUAUCCCAACAAAACUCUCCCACCAGGAAUGAAGAUCUACUCUGUUUCGGACAGGAGCUACUACGAUGCGCUGCGCGAGGUGCUGAGGAACAACAUCCCCACCAUGCUGGCUGGCUUCAGCGUGAUCAUCCUGUAUGUGGCGGUGAUGGUCAGCCAGUGCAGCAUCAUCAAGAUGAGGCUUUACAUCUCACUAGUGGCAGUUUCUUUGGUGGGACAGUCCAUCUUGUCGUCAUAUGGCUUCUGUUUCUACCUUGGCUUCCACUGGGGACCGAUACAUCCCAUCCUGCCGUUCCUCCUUCUAGGAGUCGGCAUAGACAACACCUUCGUUAUGGUGCAGUGUCUGGACAGUGUGGACAAAGAACAGCAUGUGAAUGACGUACCAGAACGAAUUGGCAGAACUCUCCAGAAGUGCGGAGUUUCCAUAACAGUGACCUCGCUGACGGACAUUCUGGCGUUUUCGGUCGGAAUGACAUCCGGGAUGCCCUUCUUGCGCUCGUUCUGCUUGUUCGCGGCGACCGGCGUCCUGUUCCUCUACGUGUUCGGGCUGCUGUUCUUCCUGAGCUGCCUGACGUUGGACGAGUACCGCAUCCAGGAGAGGCGCGACGGCUGCUGCUUCCAGGUGAAGCCAGACACUCAGCCGCAGGUGUGCCAGGCCCAGAGGCAGGCCAGGUCCUUCGUCUUCAGCCGGGUGGCGCCCAUGCUCACCACGCUGCCUUGCAAGAUAGUUAUCUGCCUGAUAGCGCUCGCCCUGUUCUCCAUCAACUUGUGGAACGUGUUCCAAGUGGAGCAGAACUUUGACCCCAUGCUCUACCUGAGCCCGAGCUCGUACCCACUCAAGUACAGCGGCAAGCUGAACCAGUACUUCCCCGAGUUCGGACAGCGAGCAGGGGUGUACCUGGGUGAAAUAAACUACUUUAAAGAAAAAGAAAAUCUUGAUAAGCUGUACAUGCUACUGAAAAAUGACCCAUACAUAAACAGUGAUACAGUUGAUUUUUGGUAUGCUGCAUAUCAAGAAUGGUUUAAGGGUAAAUUUCCCAACACUGUUAUCGAAGACGAAGAAGAAAUGAAGUCUUAUUUGUCAGAGUUCCUUCUUUUCACAAAACAAGGCCAGCCUUACAUCAAGGACUUGAGGUUUGAUAAAGUUCCAUUUGGCAACUACAGAAUCAUGGCUUCAAAAAUUAACAUCCAGCAUGUACAGAUGAACACUACCCAAGACAAGGUGAAGGCUAUGGAAUCAAUAAAUAACAUCAUAAAGCAAGUGCAACCCACAAUGUCCGACAAGAUCAUGAAGUCAAUAGCAAACAUCAUAAAGCAAGUAAAUUUCACGACGCCUGGUAAGAUUCCGGAUAAUGGAACAUGGACAGAUACCCAGGCUGUACUGACAAAUAGUACUUACAACAAUGUGAAGGCUGUGGAAACAAUAAAAAACAUGAUAAAGCAAAUAAAUCUCACAAUUCCUGAUAAUAUUAUGGAUCUGAUGACAAAAGUCAUAGCACAAGUAAAUUUCAAAACACCUGAUAAGAUCAUGGAAUCAGUAGCAAGCAUUGUAAAGCAAGUAAAUAUCACAACACCUGAAAAAAUUGUUGCCUUUUCUCCAGAAUAUGUGCCAUGGACAGCAAACAAGAUCAUCGCGGAGGAGCUGCUGCGCAACCUGGGGCUCACGGUGGCCGCGGUCGCCACGGUGACGGCUCUGCUCAUCAGAGACCUGCGCACCUCGCUCCUGGUGAUGGGCUGCGUGGUGCUGACGGUGACGGACCUGGUGGGCGCCAUGCACUGGAUGGGGCUCACCGUCGAGAUAUUCACCUCCGUCAUGGUCCUGCUGUGCACGGGCCUCUCCGUCGACUUCGCCGCGCACGUCGGCUACGAGUUCACCCGCCUGCGCGGCACCCGUGACGAACGAGCCAUAGAGUCACUGAAAGUGAUUGGAGCAGCGAUAUUCCACGGAGGAUUUAGUACAUUCUUAGCAUUUUCAGUACUGGGAUUCAGCGAGUCUUACUUGCUAACAACUUCUUUCAAGUUGUUUACAGGCGUGGUGGGGUUUGGGAUGUUCCACGGCCUGAUCCUGCUGCCCGUCCUGCUGAGCUGGUUCGGCCCGCCGGCGCCCCCAGAGAGCCACUUCCAGGUGAACUGCACCGUCCUGAACAGCAGGCAGCUGAAAGACGGCGGCGGCUUGCUCAACUCCUGCUACGAGGAGAAUGAUGCAGUCCACUUCAAAACAGGUGGCGAUAGCGCGGCGGUGGUGAGGUUCCCGGAGCCUGCCCAGGCGCGCUCUGUGCAGAACGGUGCAUGCAUCCUCGACAGGAGUGUGUCGGCCCCAUGCCUCCAGACUGGCUGAAACUACCUCGUCCGUUGCCAAGGUGGGACACCGCGUCUUUUUAUUUGUGUGACGACUAUAACAGCAACACGAUGGGAGAUACAAUUUGACAAGAACAUAUUGUUUUGUCAACAAUUCGGACUAAGACUUUGUGGCAUCUGCAUGUCCCAGUUGUGAUUUUGAAAACAUUUGUAUUUAAAAUUCUAAUUAUUUUUAUAACAAAUUUUUAAUAAACAAGUUUUAUAAACA